AUGUUCGAUGUAAAGAAGCGUAUUGGAGCAUUUGAGAAGUUCGAGGAUGCCGACAGUAUGCCUGGUUCUGUGAUUUCAACAACUUCUCAUCUAAACAUCUUCAGCCCUGUUUCUGUACAGUCUCCGCAUGUGGAAUUUGACAAUUUGGAACAAGUAAAAUUUCGUUUGGUUCGGGAUAUGAUGCCUGCCGGGAAGAAUACCGAUUGGAUAUGGGAUUGGAGUAGUAGACCUGAGGCGUACCCACCAAAAUGUGUACGCGUAAGACAAUACGGUUCAAACCUCACCACACCUCCCAACUCUCCGGAACCGGAGCUUAUGACCAUAUUUGCUUACGAUGUCGAACCAAAAUCCAUGUCCCUAACAGUGGUCGUUAGCUUCAUCGUCUCAAAUGUUAUAACAUUUGUCAUUGGAGCAGCCAUUGGGUUAGUUUCGGUUACUGUACUUUACACAUUUUGUUUUCUGCUUCUAAACUAGAA